AUGCACAGGGCAACAUUAUUACCAUCGAUCAAACGGUUUCUGCCAAAGCAUUGGAAUGAGGACCACAUAGUCUGGCGUUUUCCAUACUUUCGUUCUUUGGAGAUUGAGUUUACAAAGUCACAGAUUGUUGCUGCAAUCCCUGGAACCUUUUUCUGUGCGUGGUAUGCAUUGCGGAAGCACUGGCUAGCAAAUAAUAUAUUGGGUCUUGCUUUCUGUAUACAGGGAAUUGAAAUGCUCUCUCUUGGAUCUUUCAAGACUGGUGCUAUUCUCUUGGGCGGACUCUUCGUUUAUGACAUUUUCUGGGUUUUCUUCACUCCAGUAAUGGUCAGCGUAGCAAAAUCAUUUGACGCUCCAAUAAAGCUUUUGUUCCCCACAGCAGAUUCCACAAGGCCAUUUUCAAUGCUUGGACUUGGUGACAUUGUUAUCCCUGGUAUAUUUGUAGCUUUGGCCUUGCGCUUUGAUGUUUCUAGACUAAAACAACCGCAGUAUUUCAAGAGUGCAUUUUUAGGAUACAUUGUUGGCUUAGUCCUUACAAUCAUCGUGAUGAACUGGUUCCAAGCUGCUCAGCCUGCUCUUUUAUAUAUUGUACCUUCGGUAAUUGGAUUUUUGGCUGCUCAUUGCAUAUGGAAUGGUGAUAUCAAGCAGUUAUUGGAGUUUGACGAGUCGAAGACUGCCAAAUCAUCUCAAGAGGGGAGUGAUGCCAAUUCUAGCAAAAAGGUUGAAUAA